AAACACCGUUCUGCUUUCCAGGAUCCCAGCCAAGAAAGUAAUUCCCUGUCUUGUCAUGGACUCCAAGGCUGUAGCUGCAUUUCUGGCUCUUCUCUUGGUCUCUGCAACACUGACAGAAGGAGCCUCCAUGGCCCGGGUAGGGAGUGAACUUCGGUGCCAAUGUGUAAGCACCCAUUCUACAUUCAUCCCCUUUAAAUUCUUUGAGAGUGUCAGGUUGAUCCGAAGUGGGCCACACUGUAAGAACAUUGAGGUCAUUGCAGUUCUUAAGAAUGGCAGGCAAGUAUGCUUGGAACCCACGGCCGGAUGGGUGAAAGCAAUCAUCAAGCAUUUUCUGGAUAAGGCUGAGACCAACUCCGAGACAGAGUCGUAAGAAAAGCUUCAGAUUAUCUCACUAUUGGGAUCCUUGAAAGAAGCUGAGCCAUUUCCACCAAACCUACAUUUUAAGAAGAGACUUUUAUAUCAAGGAAUUUUGAAAAUGUAUUUAUUGUACAACUUCAGUCAGAGAAAGUCUUUAGAAAUAUAUGUAUCAUAUGCAUAGAAGAAAUGCCCUGAUGCAAAGGUGAGAUAGCAAGAAAGAUUUGGAAAGCAAAAUGUAUUGCUAAAUGCAGUUCAAAUGGAAGCACCGUGGUGGUUAAAUAGGUUACUAUGACAGUAACACAAAUUGGCAAUAGAUCCUGUUGCCCUUGGGCACAGGGAAACCAAUAGAUUUGCAUAAGUAUGGCUGAAUCAGAGCCAGCCUUAGGCUGCCUAUUGUGAGAAUCAGGUUAGAGUGCCAGUCUCAGGAGAUCCAGGCUGAAAUCCCAGUUUGGCCAUGAAACUCCUGAGAUGUUUUUAUCUAGUCACUCUCAGCCUUUCUGCUUCAUGGGAUUGUUGGGAGGCUGAGGGGCAGAGAAUCAUGUCACCUGUGCCAAGCAUUGGUGGAAAGGCCUAUUAUAUUCACAAAUGUGCAUUAUUUUCAGUGGUUUCUAACUUAUUAUUUAUUAAUAUAAGCAUAUAUGAAGUAUUAUUUAUUAUACUAGAAAAUGUUUGUGCCUGAUAAAAAUUUAAAAUUAUAAUGUUUAUGUUGAGGAAACUAGGUAUUUGAAAGAAUGGUUAUAGAAUAGUUUAGAGAUUUUUUAACUUAAAAACUCUUCACUGAGAAGAGGCAUCUGGAAGUUUCACAUUCCAUAAGCACACAGAUGGGAGUUUCACAUUCAUAAGAGAGAUGGUCUUUUAAGACUUAUUUAUAUAUUUAUUGAAC